AGAACAAAAUAUUAAUGAAAAAAAUAAAUAAAUUGGUUUCCAUAUAAUAUAAAGUGGGUCGUAUAUGUUUUCUAUAUAAUUACAAUAUAACAUACAACGUCAAAUCACUUCAACACGUGAAAUCUUUUCAUCACUUCUUUUCUUAUGAUAUAGAUGGAUUUCAUCUUGUGCGGCACGUAGAUCAGCUUUUGGUGUUUGUUGACUUCAUUAUCAUUAUCAGUAGAAUAGGAACAAUCAAGAUAGACUGCUAAUUUGGGACACGAAUUUUUGCAUAUAUACGGGAAAGAAAGAAAAUAAAAUAUACAUUUUGCCUCAACGGAUUUUUGAAAAGAACAUCAAGAGGCAGUUGAGCAAAGAUUGGUAGCUGCUGUUUCUUCUGAAUAUAGAAAAUUUGACUCGGUCAUUUGCCUGUCUGGACUCGAGGAGUUUUGAGGAAAAUAAACCAAAACAAAUAAGGUGGGGAAAUCUCCUUGCUUUCCUGAAAGUCCAGAAGAAAGGUUCUGGCUUUUCCGGGGCCAAGAUAAUUGAUAGCUGAGCAGAUUGAUCUCUCCAUUUCAAACUGUUUGUGCCACCCGCGGAUUUAUUACUUCAAUCGAACGAACGUCUGCUGGCGUGGAAGAUAAACGCAAGAAUUUGAUGAUCCGAUGCGUUGAAUGUUGGUGUGGUAGGAUAUUGGAAGUGCAGAGGAUAGAGGAAGAUCAUGGGGUGCUUUCCAUGUUGCAUGUCACAAGAGAAUAUCGACGGAGAAUCGGGCAUUAACGAAUACCGUGGCGCAAAAACUUUAGCCUCCUUCAGUAAGCUCUCCUUCAAAUCAGAUAGCAGCAGGCGACGGUACAUAACGGAAGAGAUACAAAAGGUGGGAAAGGGAACCAUCUCCGCCAGGGCUUUUACUUUCCGUGAAUUGUGCGUUGCUACUCAAAACUUCCAUUCUGAGAAUCUGCUAGGUGAAGGAGGAUUUGGGAGGGUGUACAAAGGGCACAUCGCAAGCAAAAAUCAAGUAGUUGCGGUUAAGCAACUUGACAGGAAUGGAUUCCAAGGGAACAGAGAAUUUCUUGUGGAGGUUUUGAUGUUGAGUCUUCUUCACCAUCCUAACCUUGUCAAUUUGGUUGGAUAUUGUGCUGAUGGGGAUCAGAGGGUUUUAGUUUAUGAGUACAUGCCCAAUGGUUCCUUGGAGGAUCAUCUUCUUGAUAUAGCUCCACAUAAAAAGCCUUUGGACUGGAAUACCAGGAUGAAAAUUGCUGAAGGUGCAGCAAGAGGGCUUGAAUACUUGCAUGAAACAGCUGAUCCACCAGUUAUAUAUCGUGAUUUCAAAGCAUCGAACAUACUAUUGGACGAGAACUUCAAUCCAAAGCUUUCAGAUUUUGGCCUUGCAAAGCUAGGUCCAACUGGGGACAAGUCCCAUGUCUCCACCAGGGUGAUGGGAACCUACGGCUACUGUGCACCUGAGUAUGCACUCACAGGUCAAUUGACAACAAAGUCUGAUGUGUACAGCUUUGGAGUGGUGUUUUUGGAGAUAAUCACGGGAAGGAGGGUCAUUGACACUACAAGAGCAACAGAAGAGCAAAAUCUAGUUACUUGGGCACAACCACUAUUUAGAGACAGAAGGAACUUUACAUUAAUGGCUGAUCCGUUGCUUGAAGGGCAGUACCCUGUAAAGGCUCUCUACCAAGCUCUGGCAGUGGCAGCCAUGUGUCUCCAAGAGGAAGCCGAUACUAGGCCAUUGAUCUGUGAUGUCGUUACAGCUCUCGAAUUUCUAGCAGUGAACAAGAAUGAAGAGGCCGAUGAUGAUGAUCAGAAAGAUGAUGUCAAUGAAGCUUGUCCUGAUAGAAAUAGCAGUGGAGAAUCAGAUAUCGAGACUGAUGUAGAUGAUGAUGAUAAUAUUGAGGAGGUGGGGAAGAAGAGACUGGAAAAAGGUGCCAAUGGAUCAGUCAGCUUUUGAAUUGUCUGAUUAAGGUUUUAUCAUGUUGCAUCUGAGCUGCAUUGUAAAAACUUUAACGGAACUAAAUCCAAUGCAAUUAACUCGAUUAACAUUUUUGGCUAA